AUGGCCGGCGGCAAGGUUAUUGAGAUCAAGAGCAAGCAAGAGUGGGACGAGAAGAUCGUUAACUCCACCGAGCCCAUCCUCGUCGACUUCUUCGCCACCUGGUGCGGUCCUUGCAAGGCCAUCGCCCCUCAAAUCGAGAAGCUCAGCCUGGCCCACGAGGGCGUCAAGUUCUACCAGGUCGACGUUGACCAGCUCAACGACGUCGCUGCCGAGAACGGCAUCUCCGCCAUGCCCACUUUCCUCUUCUUCAAGGAUGGCAAGGUCGUCGAGACCGUCCGCGGUGCCAACCCUCCCGGCAUCCAGGCUGGUCUGGCCAAGCUGCUCUGA